GUCCAACAUUAUUAAAUAUGUGACCGAAAUGGGCUCGCUCAACGCCGUCGUAAUCGCCCUUCCCACCAACCAGAGCAAGUUGACGGUUUGGUUCCGCUUCUGCAUCAUGGAGUUGUUCAAGUACCUUGAUCGCGAAGUCAUUCAAAACAUCAUAUUCUUGUUCACCAAAGCCCAAGCUACCUCUUUCCGUAUGGGCGAUACGAUUCAUGUGCUCAAGAGACUCUUUGGUGAGAUCAAAGAUCAGUCAGGAAUUGAGAUUCCUCUCAGUGAAAGCAACACCUUCCUGAUCGACAAUGAAGCGUACCGAUACUUGAUGACUCCAAAAGAGAUGUUCCAUUUCGAUGAAAGCGAAGUCAAGCAGUUCAAAGACUCGUGGAAUAAGUCAGCUCAGGCCUGUCAAAAGCUUGUCGAAUUAGCAAGUCGAGGGAGUCCAAAAAGCUUCGAGAAAACUGGACAGCUCGAGGUCCUGCGAUCUUUCCUCGAUAAUCAUUCGGAAGAAUUGAUGAAUAUGGAAUCAGAGCUUGAGCAAACAAGCGUCAAAAUGGACAAGAUUCGAUCUGUUCUUUCGACCCUUACUGCCCAGAUUAAUCAUUUGGAAGAAAUGAAAGAAGAAGUCAUCACCCUUUCACCCGAAAUUUUAUCAAGCCCAGUCGAGGUCUGUCAACAUCCUGAAUGUGCCGAUUACUUCCUAAACAGGACCGGAUAUCAUAAAUUUCCACCAAAACCUGCCCGUAGUGCAUAUAUUCCAUUCCAAUCCAACAAGAAUUCUCCCUGCAAGUCUGGAUAUAAUCAUGAGUCUAAGUAUCACCAGAGAACAAUUUUUCAAUGUAUUCCCAAGUUUGAACAAAGGUUGCCUCCUGAAAUACUUUCCCAAAUCCAUGAUAACAAAAGAAGCUUGGACUUAUCUCAAGAUAGGCUUGCAGAACUUGAGAUGCAGGAACGCAAUCUCAAAAUACAACAGAGGGAACUCCUUCGCCUUGUCGCCAUUUGCAACCAGCAAAUUCGCAAGCACAGCGUCGUUCAUCGCAACGAGACAUUCCUCGACGAAAACGAUUUUCAGGUCAUUCAGCAACAGGCAUUCACGGACGGCAUUCCGAACGAAGCCAAACUCAGAAAACUCGAGGCCUUGAAGCGCUCGUAUGAAUACGAGAAGAAUCUGAUGAAGGUCCAAGGCAGGGCAUACAGCCAUUUGACACUCAAUGAAGCUGUCUCACUCAUCUCUGAGUUUGAGUCAAAGCGUCAAGCCCACAACUUUGGCUCUUCCUGGGAUAAUAGUCGUGACAUGGAUUCUGAAUUCACAAACGAAAGCCCGAUUCAACGAAGCGUCAUCAAUGGAAGCAGAGCAGCCUUCUCCACGAUGCGCUGAAGUCAGAUUUGUCUCUUAUAUUAUCUGUUUGAACUUCCCUUACUUUUACCUCCAAAUCACAUUCUCCCAACGCAGUGUCCCAGAAUGCAAACUACCUUCUGCUGUUUUACUUGGCUCGCUUGAGGAGAAUAAAUCGGUCGUAUUACCCC